AUGGCCAUGUUGAAAAAUAUGGAUAGGAGGAUGAGCAAAAUGGACCAAACGAUACAUGCUAUACGGGUGGGGUGUGAAAACUGCAAUGGGCCUCAUCUUACUAGAGACUGCAACUUGGAUGAAAAUGGCAACAAGAAGGUGCAAGUUUGUUACUCAAGUGGGGACCGAUAUGAUGAACAUUGGCGAAAACCAAAGAAAGAGUGGAUCCCUUAUGAAGAGUACAAGAAGGCUGAGGAGGAGAAGUUCAGGCAGAAAGGAAGAGGUUUUUCCCAAAAGGAGGAGCCAGCACAAGAAAGAAAACCAAGUUUGGAAGAAAUGCUUACCAAAUUUGUAGUUGCUUCAGAAAUGAGACAUAGUGAUCAUGAUGCUGCAAUUCAAGAAACAAGGACAAUGCUUAGAAACCAGCAAGCAUCUAUCCACAACAUAGAAACGCAGCUAGGGCAACUUGCUCAACAAAUCAACCAAAGAUCAUCGGGCGAAUUUCCUAGUAAAACUGAAAAUAACCCACGAGGAACACAUAUAAACAUAGUCACAACAAGAAGUGGGAAGAUAAUCACUCCUCUGGCCCCUAUUCAGAAUGAAGCACCUAAAGAAUUGCAGAAGGAGGAUGCAAAAACUCUAGACCAAAAUCCAAACCUUCAAUCUGCAGAGCCUCCUCGCCGAGUCCAGAAUAUGGACUCGACGAGUCCACUUCAAAACCCGAAAGAGCGGAUUCUUGAAAAGCCAUUUCUGCCUCCAUUGCCAUAUCCAACCAGAGCUAGGAGUGAAAAGCAGGAAGAGGAGUACCAUAAGUUUCUUGAUCAUAUCAAAGCUCUUCAAAUCAACAUACCCUUCAUCGAAGUUGUCGCACAAAUGCUAAAAUAUGCAAAAUUCCUUAAGGAACUUCUCACGAAUAGAAGAAAGAUGGAGGAAGUGAAAAAGGUAGUUCUUAAUGAGAACUUCUCAGCUGCCAUGCUAAAUCAACUACCAAAGAAGAAGGGUGACCCGGGGAGCUUGACUUUGCCUUGCCAAUUUGGUAACUUGGCUACUAUUCAUGCUUUGGCCGAUUCGGGAGCAAGUGUGAACCUCAUGCCAUAUUCAUUCUUCAAGAAGCUGGAUCUCCCGGAACCAAGGCCAAUUCGUAUGGCGAUUCACUUGGCAAACAAGACAGUCACUUUUCCAAGAGGCUUAUGUGAAGACUUAUUGGUCAAGGUGGACAAGUUUGUAUUACCCAAAGAUUUCAUAAUUCUAGACAUGGAGGCGGAUCCUCAAGUCCCGAUCAUCCUUGGAAGACCUUUCCUCAACACUGCAAGUGCUAUAGUAGACAUGAGGGACUCGAAGCUUACUUUACGGGUAACAGACGACUCAGUCACUUUUGGGGUUGAUCAAGCAAUGAAGUAUGCAAGGAAUAGUGAUGACAUGGUGUUCUCAAUUGACAUGCUUGAUGAAUUAAUGGAGGAGUGCGAAAGUGAAGAUCCCAACAAGUCCACCGUUUUUGAUAAAGAAUUUGAUGCUGAAAAAGACUUAAUGGAGAUCGAGAGGCUGCUGGAAGAAGCUGAGUUUGAAGAAUUAAUGAAACAAUUUGACAGAUCAACUCGCCGAGUAGGGCCGAUCUACUCGUCGAGUCUAAGCGAAGAAAAAAUGGAAUUCGUGAAUUCAGCUGCCAACUCGCCGAGUCCCUUACCUGCACUUGGCGAGUACAACCAACAGAACCCAAAAACUGAGCUCAAAACGUUACCAGAACAUUUGGAGUAUGCUUUCCUUGAAGAUGGCCGACAAAAGACAGUUAUCAUAGCCUCUGACCUUUCCGAAUCUGAAAAAGAAGAACUAGUUCAAGUUUUGAAGAAGCGAAACUGGGCCAUAGCAUGGAGCAUUACCGACAUCAACGGAAUGAGCCCCUCUUAUUGUUCUCACAAGAUUAAUCUGGAAGAAUGA